GCGUACAAGCGUCAACAGCCUCGCUGUUCAAUUCCUACCUUCUCUCCGUGCGCGUUCUACCAUCAGAAACCUCGCUGUGGAACAGCAAUCUCGUAUUCCACUUCUACGUACCCAACACGAUCCUCCAGGGACCAUAAACAAGAAAUAAAUUCGUCAAAGUGGGACCAGUCGUCAAGUGAAUGCGACCUCAGCGCCAUCUAUACGAAACACAGUACAGUAAUAGUGAAGAACGUCGGAAGUAAUCGUUGAAAGUUCGGCUAAUAAUAUCGGAUAAACGCAAUCAGGAUAUAGGUACACGUAUAUCUGGAUAUUUAUCCAAGUUGUGAGUGCCGAUGAGACAUAGAGGAACGUCAGAGACGACGGCCUGCGUGGCUGACGAGGCCUGUCGACCGCGCCUCUGGAUUCCAACGGCGGCGACACACUCAGCGCGCCCGUUCGAUCGUCGGUGAGCGUUCCCUCGGUGAAAAGAGUGUCUACCUGUCGGUGGAUCGGUACACGUGGAGGUAAGGGGCAACCAGGAGGACGUAGACGCCACUGGUGUACACCGCAUACCACAGGAGGACCUGGCUUGAGCGGCUGGUAGAGGAAGGUGGGAGAAAAAGGAUUGGUGGGGGGUUGAAAAAGGUUGGUAAGAGUCGGGCUGGGACGCGCUGGUAGAAAGAAAAACGGACUGACACAGAGGAGGAGAAGGCCAGGUAGAAGAGGAGACACGGCCAGGUAGCUAGUUGGUGGGGAAGUCGUCAGAAGGCGGCCAUAAUGGCCUGACGCGAUCUCUCGCGAGCGGCGGCUACAGCUGCUGCGAAAUAGCCGAGAGCGGCUCUCUCGUCCACGCACGCGUAUUUUGCAACCGGGCUACGUCUUUGGAAAGUGACUGCGUAAUCGCGAGUGGAGUGUGUUACCGGGUGGAGUCCUCUGUAACGUUGUUCCGUGUGUACCUUACGGUCGCGUGUGUUCCUUGAAUUUUAUUCAAUCGAAUCGAUGGUUACACGGUGUCCGAUGAUUCGAUGGUUCUGAAUGGUUGCUGACUUCUUUACGCGUAGUAUGUUUCUGCUCCUCUUCCGAGAGUAUUCAUCUUGAUAGAAGAGGAUAAUAAGCCAAAACGACGUAGAAGGAUCAUCGCAAGAAUCUUCGGUCUACUGAUCAGUGAUCGCUAGUAUUGGAUCCGACGGACUGACCCAGCGAAUACAAAAAUGAGAGGUGCCAAUCAGGAUACGGCGACGCCGUACUGUCGCUGCAGAGUCCUUUACUUAGGCAGCUCGGUGCCCCAUGCGAGUAAGGAAGGUUUGCUAGGGGUGCAAGAACCUUUGAGAGAACUAUACCCAGAACAGGGUGCCUUGGGAGCACGUGGACUGGACUCCUGGCUGAGCGUCUGGAGCAACGGCCUGCUGCUGGAGAAUGUGGACGAGCACCGCAAGAAGGUCACCAGGUUCUUUCCCAUCGAGGCGCUGCACUACUGCGCUGCUGUGAGGCAUGUCAAAGGCGGAAGCGGCGAUGCCUCGAACACGAGGUUCCUUCCCUUGGACUCUCCCUUCGCUAGAACGCCAAGUGCCAACCAUCCGCCGCUUUUCGCCGCGGUUCUGCGACGAACCACGGGUAUCAAGGUUCUCGAAUGUCACGCAUUUAUAUGCAAGCGCGACAUGGCGGCCAACGCCCUGGUCAGGUGUUGCUUUCACGCGUACGCGGACAGUAGCUACGCCAAGGGCCUUGAUCCCUCUGCCACGACGACCAACGGAGUCACCAGUGGACAUCCUUCGAAUAACAGUCUCUACCACACGCUAGGAGGAUCCAGUACUACUCUAGACAGUCCACAAGCAACUCGUUUAGACGCUACCUCAACAGACGACCUUAGCUUGUAUAAUGGAGAUGAGAAUCAUAAGGUCUGGGCCAGAGGUCGAGAAGAGGUAGACGGUUUAUAUCAGGAACAGGGGACUCUGAGAAGCACCAAGGGAUCCAGACCUCGUCAGCUGGUCGCUCCACCUCCUCCACCGCCUCCGCCCCCUCCACCUUCCCAACCUUUACUCCUCGAAGAAUCUUCAUCGUCCUCAGUCCGCAGAAAAGCGAACAAGAAGCUCAAAAAGCUCAAAAACCGAUCCUCUCACGAAGAUCCCUUGCAACAAGCUCACCUUCAUCCUCAGUUGCAUCAAGGAAUAUACACUAACGGCCAUGGACACCAUACUCUGGGUCACCCAGUGAGGCAACAGCACUAUCAUCCUCAUCCUCUGCCACCUAGCAGUCGAUCAGUCGCAGGAACUUUGGCCAGACCAGCGCCAGUUUUAUUGGUACCAGCAGCAACUUUACCUAGGAAGGCUCACCAUCAUCCUAAAGGGCUCAGACCGAUUCCAGCAGCCGCUCCAAUCGUUCCGGUGUACGCUCCACUACCUGUGGUGCCUCCUCCACCCGCUGCAGCCAUUUAUCCAGCUGGAACUUACGGGACAGCUGGAAACAGAGGCAGAAGACAGCAUCUUGAGGCGGAUUCUUCGACCCUAGGAGCUUCCAGAAGACUGGCUGCCUCUCACGCGGAUCUUACCACCGCAGAGAUGAGCAGAGCAGCUGAUAGCCCGGAGAACGAAUCGCGUUUUGGAACUGGAAUCUACAGAAGAAAAGGUCACUUGAACGAAAGAGCGUUCUCAUACAGCAUUCGCGCCGAGCAUCGUAGCAGAAGUCACGGAAGUUUGGCCUCUUUGGGCUUCAGCGGGCAAAAUGGAAACGCGCUGCCCAAAGAAGAGAAGAAGGACAGGGAGAUUGCUCAGUUGGUGGCUGGUUUGAACCUGGAUGACAGCCCUGAGAGGGUACAGCCGAUGCCAGCUAACUCGAGGAGCGGUUACUCGCACCAUCAGCAACAGCUUCAGCCCCUACCUAGGCCACGACCUCGUUAGGAAUUUGCCGGAUGUCGAUUCUUAUUGUAAUCAUGAGAAUUAAUCGAUGAGUCAAGUCUGCAAGUUAUACAGUCGGUCCAAUAUGAAGGCAGAUGUUGUUCUAUUUGGAUUUUGGUUGUUGAAGACGCUUUGUUGCUUCAUGGUAAUGUGAAAAAGCUUGUUUGAGACUGGACCGUUUAGUCAGAGACCAAAUAACAGUGUGAACAGACGACUUGGACCGAUUGUCUUUCUAUUUGUUGAAUAAGAACGUACGGUGUUGUCCAUUGUUUUGGAUGGAAAGUGAUUCUCAUAGGAAAUUUGGACUCGGUUUCUGGAGUCUACGGACUGUUAAUCGAGGCACUAGUUUAUGGGGGAAAAGAUUGGUUCGUGGUGUUAGCGUGGAAAAUCGCGAUGGGUGGUCGAGUGCCCGACUGGUUCAGUUGGCUUUCGUUUCUUGGAAGAACCUUGCCCGAGUAGGAAAAUUACGGAUAGGCAAAAAGCUGAAGAACACCCGGCCUCAUCUUCGUCUCGCUGGUUUCUACCUGUGACCUCGAUCGUCUUAUCUCGAGAGUCGAUCACCUUUGUCGAAUUCAGGACUUUGAUCGUGGGACGCAUCGAAAAAACUCGAGUAGAAAUCCAAUUCGAAUAAAUUGAGUUUUAAAAGAUUUUUGUGAAUUUUUAGAUGGGGUUGUAAUAUUUUUAUUCUUCUAUUUAGAAUUUCUUCGGUUUUAUUUAUAUCUUACUUAUUUUCUUCGUAAAUUGCCAACUAUUUCUAUUUCUACUUUUUAAUUUGGAAUUUUAUAAUUUUUAUUUAUAUCUCGAUUCUCUAUAUAAUUUGAAAUUUUUCGUUCUUUAACACUGAUUAUUUCUGUUGUCGUUUUUCGUUUGACAAAAGGUCCGAGAAUUUUUAUCGCAGCUGGCGGAAAAGAUUGACGACGACGUAAUAUUUUUGCGCGACCUUCCUGUCGCGAAAUGAACAGGCUAAUUGGGCGAGCUCGAAUUAUUGUCGUCCAACGAAGAUCGUUCUAAUGGCCGGAGCUCGUUAGACACAGACACGCAACUUUGCAAUGCUUCCUUUGAAUUCGCAGAAUUACAACUCUGUUUAGGAUCCUCCUUCACUAAUAGAAAAUUACUCAGGAAUCGUAAAAAUUUGUCAACAAUCAAAAAGUCGCCUUUUUCCAAUAUUGCAAUCGUUCUUUAUUUGGCAAUUCGUUAAUGAAUUUAUUGCGCACGAAUUUUUGAAAUUUCUACAAAUUAAUCAUAAUAUAAAAUUUCGUUUAAUACAAUUAGAGGAUUUAUUAAGAACCUUUUUAAGAAUUUUCUCUCACUUUAUUUUUUAAACCUUAGAAUUUCUUAUACUCGGUUACAAUAUGAAAUUUUGUAUGAAACUAUUGGAAGAUCGUCUUUGUUUAAUGAAAUGGUCAUUUUUCGUGUUAUAAUUUCUCUAUGAAUUCGAUUGAAAUUUCUUUGCCGUAUUAAUGAUGAUUACCUCGUUAUAUUUUGUUAUAAUCGAGGAAUGGUAUCAGUGGUUUCCCCUAGAAAAGAUUACGCGACGGUUCGAAUCUCCGACGCACGAGUUACAGCCGACUUGCUCGUGAGAACGUGAACGUUAAUCUUAAUUGCAUGAGAAAAAGUUAUGCUGCGAGGGUUUCGAGAGCCUUAAGAAACAGAGAACUUUGCAUUUCACCGCCUUUCUUUCGUAUAAUGCUUCGGGAAAAGAGCGAAAUAAUUAAGACGCUUAGAAACCAUGUUGAUCAAUUCAAUGCAUUGAAGCACAGCAAAAAAAUAACGAUAUUGCAAACAUUACUUCUAAAAAGUCUGUCUUGAAAUUUACAAUUAUUUAUCAUAAAUGAAUUUAUGAAAAUCAGUAAACUUGUUCUAAAGAAAUGGAAUGUUUCAUAAUAUCUAAGCGAUCUUGCGCAGUUAAACUAAUAUCGUUAGUAACAUUUUAUAACUUACAAGUUAUUAGUAUUAACUUUCCUAUAUAAUAAUCAACAAGUUUGACGAGAAAUGAAAUUUUAAAAAUUGUGAUUGGAUUUUUUAUGGAAACUUUCUAAGGCGUAGAAUGCAUAUAAAAUGCGUGUAAAAUAAAAAAAUAUUCAAAGUGUAGUAUUCGUUAUGAUAUCGAUGACAAUAUUAUUAGUUAUUAAAUUGUUGUGCAAGAACGCUCAAAUAUAAUAAAAUUAACCAAUUUACAAAAGACAGGAUAGAGCAGAUUUUGACUUCGCCAAAAUUCUUCACUAAUAAUUUACACGAAUCUAUCAGAAAGUUAACGCAAACACGAAGAAUGAACGAUCAACGUUAUCGCUUUCACGACAAAUCAAGUUUCGUAAACGCGAUUAAUCGCGAACCGGCCUUGCGGUAUUAGCCUCAAAUCCUGUUACGACCGCUAAUUACUCAGAUCUAUGAAAUAUCCCACGCAACGCAUGAUAAUUACGAUCGUUUGCAUGGUGUUCGCUUCUUUAUCUUUUUAUUUGACCUGCAACACGAUGAGAAAAAUGAGAGGAGAUUGUAGGGGCGCCAACAUUAACACGAGGGGGAUUUGCAUCGCAUUCCUUUGACGUACGGCCUCGUUUUUCCAUGAGAAAAUACAGCGAUAAUGAACGACUGUUUAAUAACCACGGAGACAUCGAGAUUGCUUAAGUCUAAUAGUUCGACGCGAUUUCGCGCUUAUGAGAACGAAAUCUGGGAAAUCCCAGAUGCAAUCUCGAACACUGUGCAACAGUAUCACCAGCUUACGGAGCUGGCAAACACGUUCCAGACAAUUAACCUAACGAUCGUAAUUAGAACGCGGUUUAAUGGCGAGGAAAAUUUCGCGAGACCUCUGAUUCUCCACGUUCUAAUAAAAAAUUGAGAGAUCAUUUUGAUCUCCGUGCCUUUUUGUCGAAAAUAUUUGACAUUAGAAAAUUUGCACGGAUUUGUCCUUGGCGAUAAUUUGAAAAUUUCGUACUUUGAGAGAAAUAUUAAAAAUUGAAAGGGCGAGCCGAAUAGAUUGGAUUCUCGUUUUUCAAUAUAAUAAUUAUCGAUAAUUUGGCGAUAAUAAAUAUCAAAUUAUUUGAGAAAUAUCGUCGUUUCCUAAUUUAUUUGCAGGCUACAUUAUUGUUAAUUCAAAAGAAUGAUAGGUAUUGUUUGAAAAGGAUGAUAGAAAUAUGAUAUUUUCGGAAAUAAAUGAAUGCAGUGAACAUGCAUAAAUAAUGAAAUAAAAAUAUUUAGUAAUCGUUGUUUUAACAAAAUGAUGAACAUACUUGGAUUAAUAAGUCGAAAAUAUUGAAAGAUUAUUUUUUAAUCAAGAUAAAUUCCUCGUCCGUCGAAAAAAUUACACGGAGGAAUUAGAAACUUAAUUAACAGCAACGAUGAAAUGGAAAAAGAGUCUGAAUUAAUUACCUGAAAUUUUACUAUUCAAUUCAGAGACGCGUGUUUGCUCAAGCAUCGAGCAUGCCUGUUUCGAAACUGGUUACAGAUAUCUCGUAUGCUCGGAUGAAUACACAUUCCUAUCGUCGCGUAUGCAUAUACAAUUAAGCUCAAUUAUUAUCGAUUCGUAGUCGACGCGAGUCUGUUACGCUUGCCGCGACAUAUUUCGUCAUUUAACGUGGUUUUUCUCUCUGGCUUUCUCAUCUCUGUACUCUGAAGAAAUAUGUACUUUAGCCCGAUGAAAAUGAAAAAUAUCUUUAUCCAUCGAGUCAUCUGUCUUGUUUGACUUUGCUAAUAUUUUUCAGUUGUUUUUAUAGGUAUAUUAAGCCAUCGAAUAUGUACUUAUGAAUAUUAUUUAAAUAUUAAAAAAGCCAAUACAUUUGAUGCUUCAGCUUAAGAAUAAUCCAUGGUCAUGGGAGUGAAAGGAAUUUUUCGUUAAGCAAAAUAAUGUCAGUGUGUUAUAUUAAAUAAUAUCGGUAAAUAAUAACGAAUAAUUUCAUCGGUAAAUCUGCAUUUCCCUGAAAAACCGGCAAACUUGCUUCCAUCGAUCUUAUUAAGUCAAGAAUCGAACACUAUUGUAAUUUCUUCAGCUUAUAAACGUUUCAUAAUCUUUCGGGAGGAGCAAAUCUUUUUUUAACUGCAUGUUUUAUUAUUAAAAGACGUCAAUCGCCUGUCUGUGGCUGGAAGGAAAACAAAGUCGGAAAGAUUACAACGUCUACGAUUCUCGACGUUCCUUUCUUGCUAGUCGAGAUUGCGCAGCGAUCUUCUGACAGGACGAGAAAAAGGACCUAAAAGGAUUAAAGGCAUAAACGUGGUUAAUGAUCGGCAGACGAACGUAUGCAAAUGAAUGGGUAUCACGCAGCAUAGCCUGGAAGCGUUGCUUUUUGCUGCUCGCGCUUCAUCGAUCGCAUUGAUCGACUCGGUGAAAAGUGUCGCUUCGGUUUCGCAACGAGUUUCUCCGUUCUCGCGACACGUAACUCGCGACGAUUGCAAUAAGAGAGAGAGAGAGAGAGAGAGAGAGGGGGGAAGAAAAAAAACUGGAGAAAAAAAGAAUGAGUUGCGUGGUAAUUUCAAGGUAUCGCGAGUGCAAUGGACCGAAUUAUGCCGCUGAAUAUAUUAUUCAUAGAUAGCAAAAUCCCACGUGCUUUGCAUGAUUUCGUUUAGCAAGGUCGUAGAUACAUUUUCGAUGGAAGAAUCGAAAGGAGAAUUGAAAACAAUCUUUCUGCAUCGAAACGAAGUGAUUCGCAAAAAUUGCUGGAGUUUGCAAAUUUUCGUCAAAGGCGCGAUUAAAAUGAUGUUAAUGAAUAUAUGAAACUGAAUCUUUUUCAUAAUAAAAUAGAAAAUUCACAAGAAUUGUCCAUACAAGCGAAGAAAUCGCAAAAAAUAAAAAAAAUUCACAAGUUUUCCAUAAGAACCACGUUUCAGAGUUGAUUUUUCCAGAAGAUAUAUUCACGAACAACUAUUUCGUCUAUUCUUGCCUCCACCAUGUGGUUAUGGGUUUAACAAACGGAAACAAGUACGUGGACAGGCCACGUAAUCACUUUUCGUAACCACAUUCGGUGGUCGAAGGAGUUUAUGAAACACUGACGACCCACUGACACUUAUCAGGCAACAAACUGAAGUCUCUAUCUUGCGACAUGACGAAAAUUCCUUUCACUGUUCGCAAAUUGGUUGUUCUCGAGUGGACCGUUCUUCAAUUCUGAUGGCGUCACUAUCUCAAACGAAUCUGAAUACAGUCUCGUUAUAGCAAUCAAAAUGUUUCGAAAAUUUCUGUGAAGAAAUUUCAACGUUAAUUCGAUUUUAUGCAAACGAUCUACCAAUUGUUCCGUUCGUUAUAGUACUAGAAAUGAUUUGCUAAAUUGGCCACUGAAAGUCAGAAAGAACUGGAAAAAUACACAGAAGAAAUCUCAAUUUCAGUUGCAUUUUAUGACAGGGAUCUUCCAAUUGUUCCAUUCGUUAUAGCAAUAAAAAGAAAAAAGAUUUGUCAAAUUGGUUAUCCAAUUUUCCACGCUAAAAUCACAAAUUCUUCCCUUCGACAGCGAACUGUUAACUGUGCACGCAACGAGUGCGGUAGCUUUUUUAUUCUGUAAAAGUUCGAUAAACAGCGACAGCUUUAGCAAAGCGUUAGCCAGCAUGGGAAUCAGUGCCAAACGCCAUAAAUUGUCCGACUUUGCAAAAUUGUAUCGCGACUGUUUUUGCUCCUUUCAGAAUGUCACGUUUAAUUCCUUCGCUGUGCUGAAUUUAACAGAAAGAAGUGUCCUGUUCCUUCAAACUUAAUGGGGAUGACACGCGAGUUUUCGUGAAUUCGCCUAGUCAUUAAGGUUAUCAGGCUGGAACGGAAGUUUCGCUCGUUUGUUCCUCGAGGUUGACAAAAAUUAGUUUUAGUAGCCUUUUUAACACGUUGUCUACCACGAUGAACACCUACGUUACUAUAUCUUUUUAGUAUGUUCAAAGGAAGAUAAAUUUCAUGUACUAAAAAAUUAUUAACAAUAUGAAUGACUUAGGUAACAUUGUUAGAAAAAGCGCAAAUGUGAUAUAAUAUUUUGUAAAAAUCGAAUAUUACACGACGCAGUGUAUAUAUCAAUGUACCGCGAAUCCCAGUGCAAAAUAGUAUAUAAAAGUGUAUAUAAAAUUCGCGUGGCAGUCAACGUGUUAAUUAUCAGAUGGUAGCAUAAGUAAUCUCUAGACAGCGGAUUUUUAUGCAUUUGUAGGAAAUUUGAAAAUACAAAAUAGUAGAGAGAAUACACAUAAUAUAAAGUAUCCGAAGUAGAUAGCGCUUUCUAUGAUACUUGGUAGGUAAGACAAUUUUCUACCAAAGUUCUACUUUUUUAAAUAUAUAUUCACAUGUAUACUCAUAACAUAUUUAUAUUCUCAAAAAUAUGAAUUUGCAUAAAAAUCCGUCAUCUAGUAAUCUCACUUUUUAUUUUUCGUGCUGAUUCGUAAGAUGAAAUGAAAUAAUACGUAGACUGCGGAUUUUUACGCGAUUGUGGGAUAUUUGAAAAUGCAAAAUUACACGGAAUGCGCACAAUAUGUGCGAUAAUACAGAGAAUAUCCGAAGUAUAGCACUCGUUAUGAUAUCUUAGCAGGUAAAGAACAUUUCUGCUUAGGUUCCAUUGUCCCAGUUGCGAUCAGAAAAAUUUUAGGUUUGCAUAAAUAUCCGCCGACUAAUAAUAAGUAGUACGAUGAUUUAUAUCGAUGCUAAUAAAACGCGCAACCAUUGAAAAUACCUUACGAUAUAGUAAAGCCAAUAUCACAUAAAAUGAAAGUUAUAUUUUUCAUUCCUGUUAACUUUAAUACAUUUAUUUUAUUCUAAAGUAAAAUUUACUCGAAAAUAAAAUGAAAGUAUUGAAAGGGAUACUAAAAAUACUUUGUCCGCUUUUCGUCGAGCUUAUCGAAUUUUCUUAUUCGUAAAUUUAGCUUCACAGCGAAAGGAUCGAACGAAAUAUCGAAAGAGCGACACACGGCUGCCUUCGACGUUCUUAAAUCGCGAUCGAGGACAAGGUUAACAGUUCCGUAACAGAGAUCAGCCCGGUGUCAUAAAAGAAGAAGAAAGAAUCGAUCUUCGAGAGUUGCAAGUCGAGCAGGAGGUGUGCAACUGGAACUUAUUUAUUUAAUCGUAUGUGCCAGAUGAUUGUAUAGGAAGUUUCAACCAGUGGAGUGUUUUCAACUCGACGAUAAUUAUUGUACUCGAAACGAACCCUUCGAUCGAACAGAAUCGUAUAAAUCGUGGCAAAUAUUUGCAGAGAAAGGUUCUCUUAUAUUCCUUCCUCGAUGAAGUUCAACCUUCGAUGAUAAUUGCAUCGCGGAUAACAAAAAGAUAUCGUGUUUUACUCUGCGAAUAAUUGUACAUUUCUGUUGAAGGGUGAAACGAAUCGUUCACGGUCGAUGGUAGUUAGAGUUUCUUAGGAUUUUCUAGGCGGGAAUUAUUGUUAUUAACUCUUCGUUUGACGAAUAAAAUCAACACUAACCAUUAAAGAGUAAAGCAAAAGAGAAAGAGGUGAAAAGAAAUUAACAGAUCAAGGGAGAAAUGGGCUGCUCAAACGAAGAGUUAAACGAAAAGCGGAGAUUGGGCCAUUCAGAAGUCAAAUUUAUCGAGGAGUCAUUUUUUUUAGAAUCUUUUUAUUUUACUUCAAUAAUAAUAAUAAUAACAAUAAUAAUAAUAGUAAGUAAAUUAUUGUUAAUCGUUGUUUACUAGAAUAUAUGAUUUUACGUCGUUUGAUUUUCGAAAAAAACGCAAGAUAGACGUCGAUGGAGUUGAUAAGUUUGGUUUCUGUGUGACUCAGUUGCGCGAGAUCAUGACGAAGCGCAAACGAUUAUUUAUUUAUCGUGGUCUGUGCUUGUUUCGCGGACGUGUACCGUAAUGAAAAUGUAUUUAUCACACGGCGAACGCGAUCGAGUCUCGCAUCUGUUUUCUGGUAGCUUCGUGUUGCCCUGCAUAAUGCAAACUUCUCUCGUGACACGCUUAUGUCUACAUCCAUCCUCUUACGUAAGCCUUUUAAAGAUCACCGAUUCGAGCAUGCAGAGUGCUAUUUUCUUGUGCACGAAAUAUUCAAUAAAAGUCGAGGAAUUUCCCUUUCAACUAUUUAUCUUGUAUUUUUCUGGAAUAUUUGUGUAGUUUAAAAUUAAAAAGAAUAUUAACUCGGGUAUUCUUUUAUUCUUAAGAUAAUGCGAUUUUUGUUUCUAUUGAGAUCUAAAUUGAUAUGAGGUAUAAAAAUUAAAGUUCCGCUGUUAUUAAUUAAAGUCUAACCCUGUUAGCCACUUUUGUAAGAAAAUAGAUAUUGCUUCGGAAGAAUGUUGUUAGAAAUCAUAAGAUGAAGUAAUUUUAUCUUCGUCAUUUUGGAAGAUCGACAGGCAUAUCUGAUUUAAUUCGAUUCAAUUUUGUUGUGUUGCGGGUUUUUUGUUUUUUAUUCGAUAUUUGGUUUCUAUAGCGUGUGCAAAAGCGUCGUGGUAAAUUUUGUAAAUUGAAUGGUAAGCAUUCUGCAUGGGACGAGUUCGAUUCAAGCUCGAAGAAGAGAGCGAAGACGUUUCUCCUAAAAAUGGCGCGCAUGAAGUACCAGAAGCGGAGAUCCGUCCUAUCCUCUUGAAUUACUUGUGAACAUAUUAUGUAUAUUGUUACGUGUCGAUUGCCAUGCAAGAUUAAUUAAUAAUAAACUAACAAUGCAACUAAAAA